AUGUCUGACGAAGUUUUAGUUUUAAGAGGUACCUUAGAAGGUCACAACGGUUGGGUCACUUCCUUGGCCACCACCCCAGCUCACCCAGACUUGCUCUUGUCCGGUUCCAGAGACAAGACCUUGAUCACCUGGAAGUUGACUGGCGGUGAAGACAACCAAUACGGUGUCGCCAAGAAGUCCUUCAGAGGCCACAACCACAUCGUUCAAGAUGUCACCAUCUCCGCUGACGGUGCUUACGCUUUGUCUGCUUCUUGGGACAAGACCUUGAGAUUGUGGGACUUGGAAUCCGGUGAAUGUACCAAGAGAUUUGUUGGUCACACUGGUGACGUUUUGUCCGUUUCUAUCUCCAAGAACUUGAGACAAAUCGUUUCUGCCUCUCGUGACAAGACCGUCAAGGUCUGGAACACCAUUGGUGAAUGUAUGGCCACUUUGACCGGCCACGGUGACUGGGUUUCUGCCGUCAGAAUCUCCCCAUCCGACACCUCCGCCACUGUUUUGUCUGCUUCUUGGGACAAGACCGUUAAGUCUUGGGACUUGAUUGACUACAACGUCAACGCUGACUUCAUUGGUCACACCGGUUACAUCUCCUGUAUCACCUUGUCUCCAGAUGGAUCUUUGUGUGCUUCCGCUGGUAAGGACGGUGUCAUCAUCUUGUGGGACUUGAACUCAAACAAGACUUUGUACACCUUGACUGCCUCUGCUGAAGUUCACGCUUUGGCUUUCUCUCCAAACAGAUACUGGUUAGCUGCUGCUACCACCACUGGUAUCAAGAUCUUCAAGUUGCAAGAAAGAUCCUUGUUGGAUGAAUUGAAGCCAGAAUUCGCCAUUGGUGCUAAGGCUAAGGACCCAGAAGCCAUCUCCUUGGCUUGGUCUGCUGACGGUCAAAACUUGUUCGCUGGUUACACUGAUAACGUUAUCAGAGUCUGGCAAGUUAUGACCUCUUCUGCUUAAAUUAAUUAAUUAAACCUAAUUAACUUAAAUAGUGGUCAAAAUAAUACGUGUAUAUU